AUGUUGCUGCGGUUCCUCUCACUGGCAGUUGUUUGUUUAAGCAGGGUCACUGCCUCCCUUCCAGACUAUCAACCCUCACAAAUCUCAGAUACCCCACAUUCUCGCCAUCUUUACAGACUCGACAUGCCCGAUGCUUUGCAAAACCCCCAUUCGAGAUCACAUGUAACACUGGAGUUCUUCACCGACAAUGGCACGCUAUACGCCAACCACGAGCCCAUCUUCCCUUCCAUCCUUCCCCAGCAGUUUCCGGCAAUCAAGUACUGGCCCUCCGGCGAAGCAGUCCGUGGUUAUCGCGUAUGGGGUCGAUUACUCGGCAACACGCUCCUACUCAAAUUGCGACUGUUCGACCUGCACGGCCGACCAAUCACACCUGACUUGAUCGCGGUAGGGUUCACAAGGCAGAACGGCAGCCUACGCAUCAUCAAGGUUGAGCGAAGUCCGUUCUACCGCCAUGGAUAUGCAAACGGCGCCUGGCAGCUAUUCCAGACGCAUGUCAGGCCCCGCUUGGAUGCGUUAACUGGUACGAAGGAUUCUGUCUCUUGGAUUUGUCCUUCUCGCGGAGAUGAAUACUGCAAGUCCCGGACCUACCACUACCACAAUACCAUACCGUGGAACAAGUGGGACCGCGACCUCAUGGGACUUGUUCAGCCGGUGAUUCUGCCUACACUGCUUGGGGUUGGCUUUGUGGCGGGCAGGGUUAUGAUCGCAUUGUAUAAGUCUCGGUAUAGGCAGCGGGAGGUCCCAGCGAUCGCUAUUGAGUCUGUGGAGGAGCAGGAGGGCCAUUCAAUUAUGCAAAAGGACUCUGAUGCUCGAAGCUUCCGUUGGAUGAGCCAGAGCCACAACCUGGCGGUAAGGUGCUUCUAA